AUGGCGAGUCGUCGUGUUCUAUUUGACGGUGGUGCAGAGGAGUUCCGGUUGAAAUUGUGCAAGUACGCUCUUGAAGUAGGAUUUAAUUUUGAAUAUGCCGGCAAUGACAAGAAGCGGGUGGUUGCUGUUUGUUCGAAUAAGAAAUUGGAGGGUUGCAGCUGGCGUGUUUAUGCUUCUCGUUGUGAAGCUACUGGCAGUUUUGUAAUUCGGACGUUAAAUAAUGUUCAUACAUGUGCGGGUCGGAUACGGGAAUCAAAGAGUAAGAUGAUGAGGUCUCGUGUGGUGUCCUCCCUCAUUGUGGACAGAAUUCGUGCAAAACCAGAGCUGAAGCCAGUUGAGAUUAUACACGAGUUCAAAGAUUAUUAUGGUAUAGACAUUUCAUACUACCACGCAUGGUUUGGCAAAGAGUUAGCUAAAUUGGACGUUCACGGUGAUGAGUCGAAGUCCUUCAACGAGUUAGUGUGGUAUGUGGACGCCGUAAAGGAAACUAACACUGGUUCUCUCUGCACUCUUGAUUGUGAAGCUGGAAUUAAUCGCUUUCGACGGUUUUUUGUGUCUUUUGGCGGUUGCAUUGCUGGAUUUCAAUAUUGCAUACCCUUGUUGUUCAUUGAUGCUACGUUUUUGAAGAGCAAGUACAAGGGGCAGCUUCUGUGUGCUUCGGGAAAGAAUGGAAAUCAAGGGUUUUAUCCUCUAGCUUUUGGAGUUGUUGAUUCUGAGACAGAGGAGAAUUGGACUUGGUUUCUUCAACAUUUGGCUUCUAUAUUGCUACCGAUGGGGAGAGUGGUGACCUUUUUCUCGGACCGCAAUCAAGAAUUUGAUAUCAAAGUACCCGAAGUCAGGUUAUGGGAAACUGCUCCAAGACCGUGUUAUCAAUUUAUUUAGUAGAUGCGCAUAUGCUGUUACGGAGGAAGAGUUUAAGGUAGCAAUGGAGGAGUUGGUGAUUGUUGGGAGUUCGAAAGUGAAGACAUUUAUAUCUGAUUUGUCUAGAGAUCACUAUGCCAACGCAUUUUUCAAAGGAAUGCGUUAUGGGGAGAUGGCAAACAGUUUAGCGGAGUCCUUUAAUAAUUGGGUUGGUGUGUUUCGAGAUUUGCCGGUGCUACCUUUGAUAGA